UGUGGUGCUGAAGAGGCAACAACGAAGAUGGCAUGCUGUGGGAAUUGCCUAUGUUGUCACUGCUGCUGCAGGGAUGAAGAGACCCUCACACCCGAGGAACUGACUAUUCUUGGGGAAACUCAAGAUGAGGAGGAUGAGAUCCUUCCAAGGAAAGAUUAUGAGAGCCUGGAUUAUGACAGGUGCAUCAAUGAACCAUAUGUUGAGGUUCUGGAGGGAAUGAACAAUAAGAAAGCCAAAAAGUAUGAAGCUGUGAGGUGGAUGCUGGUGUUUGCAAUUGGAGUUUCAGUAGGCCUGGUGGGCCUUUUCGUGGACUUUUUCGUACGCCUCUUCACUCAGCUCAAAUUCAACUUGGUGGGAAAAUCUGUGGAGGAGUGCAGUGAGAAAGGCUGCCUGGCUCUGUCGCUUUUCGAGCUGCUGGCCUUCAACAUGACCUUCAUCUUCAUCGCCAGUGUGUUGGUCCUCAUUGAGCCUGUAGCUGCAGGCUCGGGAAUCCCCGAGAUCAAGAGCUACCUGAACGGAGUGAAGAUACCCGGAAUAGUCCGGCUACGGACUUUCCUCUGCAAGGCCAUCGGAGUCCUCUUCACCGUAGCCGGAGGUCUGUUUGUGGGGAAGGAGGGUCCAAUGAUCCACAGCGGAGCCAUUGUGGGAGCCGGCCUACCUCAGUUUCAGAGCAUCACUUUCAAGAAGAUCAACUUUGACAUCCCUUACUUCCGCACUGACAGGGACAAGCGGGACUUUGUGUCGGCGGGGGCGGCAGCUGGGGUGGCCGCUGCGUUUGGGGCGCCUAUAGGGGGCACGCUCUUCAGCCUGGAGGAAGGCUCCUCUUUCUGGAACCAGGCACUCACCUGGAAAGUGCUCUUCUGCUCCAUGUCGGCUACGUUCACCCUUAACUUCUUUCGCUCUGGGAUCAACUACAACAAAUGGGGUUCGUUCCAGCUACCCGGCCUGCUCAACUUUGGAGAGUUCAAGUGUUCAGAUGGGGAGAAGAAGUGCCACCUGUGGACGGUGGUGGACCUGGCCUUCUUUGUCCUGAUGGGGGUGGUGGGAGGGCUGUUGGGGGCCUUCUUCAACUACAUCAACACGAGGCUGGCCAAGUACCGCAUGAGACACGUCCACCCCAAGGCCAAGUUUGUCAGGGUCCUGGAGAGUCUGCUGGUCGCCAUGGUAACGACGGUGGUGAUAUUCGUGGCGUCCAUGACAAUGGGCGAAUGUCGUGACUUGGCCUCCCCCACAACCAACAACAACAGUACAGCGCUGGUGUCACUCAACGAAGACGUCAUCAACUCCACCAUCCGCCAGUUCUUCUGUCCCAACAAGACGUACAACGACAUGGCCACUCUGUUCUUCAACUCUCAAGAGGUGGCCAUCCACCAACUUUUCCACCAGGACGGUACGUUCAGCCCCGUGACGCUGACAGUGUUCUUUGUGCUGUACUUCCUGUUGUCGUGCUGGACAUACGGCGUGUCGGUGCCCAGUGGCCUCUUUGUGCCCUCGCUGCUCUGUGGCGCCGCUUUUGGACGCCUGGUGGCCAACCUCCUCAAAAUCAACCUGGGGAUGGACAUCUACUCCGGGACCUUCGCUCUGAUUGGAGCAGCCGCCUUCCUGGGAGGCGUGGUCCGGAUGACCAUCAGCUUGACUGUCAUUCUCAUCGAAUCAACCAAUGAGAUCACCUACGGCUUGCCCAUUAUGAUAACCCUCAUGGUGGCCAAGUGGACGGGGGAUUUCUUCAAUAAGGGCAUCUAUGACAUCCACAUUCAUCUGAGAGGAGUGCCAAUGCUGGAGUGGGAAACAGAGGUGGAGAUGGACAAACUGACAGCCAGUGACAUCAUGGAGCCCAACCUGACGUACGUGUACCCCCACACGCGCAUCCAGUCCCUGGUGAGCAUCCUGCGCACCACCGUCUACCACGCCUUCCCUGUGGUCACCGAGAACAGGGACAACGAGCACGAGUUCAUGAAGGGCAACAUCCUCAUCAGCAACAACAUUCGCUUCAAGAAAGCGAGCGUGCUGACGCGGGCAGGGGAACAGCGGCGGCGCUGCCAGUCCAUGAAGUCGUACCCGUCCAGCGAGCUGCGCAACGUGUGUGACGACCAAGCGGUGGCCGUGGUGCCCGCCUUGGAGGAGGGCCAGGACAUGCUACAGCAGAUGCUGGAGAGAAGACACGUGCCCUACCCUAACCUGUAUCCAGACCAGUCCCCUAGCGAGGAGUGGACCAUGGAAGAGCGCUUCCGACCUCUGACUUUCCACGGCAUCAUCCUGCGGUCCCAGCUGGUCAACCUGCUCAUCCGUGGCGUCUGCUACGCAGAGAACCAGUUGAGUGCCACGCAGCCCAGACUGUCAUACGCUGAGAUGACGGAGGACUACCCCCGUUUCCCAGACAUCCACGACUUGGACCUGGCCCUCCUCAACCCCCGCAUGAUAGUGGACGUCACCCCAUACAUGAACCCGUGCCCCUACACAGUGUCCCCAAACACGCAUGUGUCCCAAGUUUUUAACCUGUUCAGGACCAUGGGCCUCCGACACCUGCCUGUGGUCAACGCUGUAGGAGAGAUUGUGGGAAUAAUCACACGACACAAUUUAACCCACAAGUUCCUUUUGGUGAAACUCAGACAGCACUACAUCACCAUUUGAGCUCCAGAAUCCAGUCUUUAAAGCCGACAAGAGCCGCCCACGUCUUGCUGUCCUUGAGACACAAUCCUCCCUUCAACUGGACCUGUACCAUGCUUUUCCAUGUCUUAUCCAUUACACACACACAACCGCAUGGCAUCCAUUCUCUGUAUGAGACAAUAGGCACACACCCCUUGUAAUGAAAGCUGGUGACUUUCGUCUGCUGAGGAGCCUUCCUUCACCCCAAGACAUACCCCGUGUCCCAACAAGUUUCCAUGCUUUAUCAACCGACCGACGAUUUAUCAUCUUUAUCACUGUAGCACUUUUGUUUAGAUUUCUGACUGUAUGUUUUAAUUUUGUUAUGUUUACUGUAUAUUUAAAUGUACUAUUCUAUAUAUUUGCACUAAAACCAUUUCACUGUCCCGCCAGGGCUUCGAUCAAAGUAGGCUUAUCAAGAGAUCAAGAUGUCACAUUAGGGACCAUUUCUAAUCAAGGGAUAUGUUUGGAGCUACAUUAACACAAAAAUACAUAAUUGCACUUGUGUAUAUAAAGCUUAACAGCAGACAGUUAUUCUCACAAAUAUUCAGGCAACAAGGUUAUGAGAGUGUUUGAGAGGACUGAGGAAGAUGGUGUAUGUCAAGACUGGAUGGAAUUGACCAAGGUUUAUUCAUUUAAUUUGUGUUAUUUUGACUAAAUAUGCUGGGCCAAGGAAGGCUCAGCAUAUUUUCUAGACAGAAGGGUGGAUGUUUGUUUGUCAGUAUUAAUCCUUAAGAGUCUAUUGGCGCACCCGUGCGCUAAUCUAAGUAACAUAACAAAAUAAUCCCCAUCAAAAUCUGUCAGGUUAAACUAGAGAUAUCAGGUUUUUUGCAUGGGCUGCGUAACAAUCCACCACAUCAGCCUAUGUCGGGCGUUCCGCAUCUGCGGUCGAAGGUGGCCGAGCUACAGCUGUGUUUGUCAGACCAUGAGACAUCCUGAAAAUUGGUAUUCUCAUGAAAACGUCUAUAGCGUCGGAAUGGUUUGGCCAACAAACUCUCACGAACACAAUGGUGUUCUCCGUUUUGCUCUACGACCCAACCACAAGUGUCACAGGAAUCGUCUGAA